CUGUCUGUUUAUCCUAUUUUGUGCGUGUGGGGUUAUUAUUUUGUUCGCCGUAUAAGUUAUAUAUUCUGAAUAUUAGAAAGAUUAAUGGUUUUUACUAUUAGUUAUUCAUAACUUCUGAUGUAAAUUUAAUAUUUUAAUCUGUAAUAGCUAAAAGAGUAUUAUAACAAGUUGCCAUGGGUAAAGACGAUGUAUCAACUAAGAAGCGGCGAAAAUUAAACACAACAUCUAGCGAAAAUACUAAACAGUCACCAACAGAUAUAUAUAAGAGAGUAAUCGAAUUCGAAGAAACCGAAGCACAACUACGUUCUGCUGAAAAAGAUUCUGCUCUGUUUAAAAAGAUAUGCCAUGAUGUGAGACAGCUGUUUGCAGAUAUUGCCGAAUUAAAAGCCAAAGGAACAGACGAGGCAAAGGAAAAAAUUACUGCAAAAAGAAUUGAAGCUUCAUUGCAUUUGGUAGCAUUAAAGAAGCUUAAUCGUUUAGAAAAAGUCCGUACAAGAGCUGGCCGUGAUGCAUUACACAAAGAAAAACAAAGAGUGGAUUCCACACAUUUACUUUUACAAAAUUUGCUAUACGAGGCUGAUCAUUUAAAUAAAGAAGUAACUAAAUGUUUACAAUUUAAAUCUAAGGAUGAAGAAAUAGAAUUGAUAUCUAUGGAAGAAUUUUAUAAAGAUGCACCUAUUGAAAUUUCACGACCAGAAAUUACAAAAACUGAUGAGCAUCAAUUGCAACUAGCAAGGCUUGAAUGGGAACUGCGUCAACGUAGAGAACUAGCCGGAGCAUGCAGUGAGUUAGUUGCUUCCAAAGAACGUGUGGCUGCAGCCAUAGCUGCUGCCCGCUCUAGAUUAGAUGCUUUGGCUCCUCAUCUUAAGGAUGUAUUAAAGGCCACAAAGCCUCUCCAAGAAUGUUUAGCAUUAAGACUAGAUGAAAAAAGAGAUGAAACUAGAGCUGCAACACUUCUUUCACCACCUUUGUUUUUGCUCUAUGCCAAUGCCAAUGCAUAUUCGGAUGCUCUUGGUUCCAAAAAUGUUUCCGUUGGUAUAUCUGGAGAUGAAGAUGAAGCAAGAAGGCUUGAUCAACUCUCAAAUGUUGAAAGUGAAUUAGUUGUUUCAAAUGAUUCGGAUUCAGAUCAAGAAAAUAAUGAUGAAGAUCAAAGAGAUUCGAAGAAGAAGCGGCAUCACAGGUCAUCUAAAAUAUCAAAAGAGGAGAAAGCAGAAGCUAAGAAAAAGGAAGUUCUCAAAAAACACCCAUUAAAUGUUCAAGUGACUAUUACUAAUAGUGACGGCACUGCAUUAAAUCUUAUCUUUUCAUAUAUGAUACAUCUUAAAAUAGUAGUGGUCAAAUUUACUAUGAAUUUUCCAAAACCUAUUACUGGAGUGUCUGCUGCAGAUGUUUUGAAUGGUGAUUGUGUUUUGAAUGAACUAUAUGUAGGUGACACGGGUAAUGACUCACCACAUCCAGCAACUGCUUACUUAUUGAAAGCUGCUGGUAUAUCAGAAAAUUUUCCACAUUUUAUUUCAGAAGUUGGUAAACCAUACAUAUGGGCUCAGAGAAUGUGUGGUCUAGAUUUUAUGGCAGUAUCUGUUGAUACUCAAAAAUGCAAUAAAAACUUCCUUCCUUGUCAAAGUCUUAGUGUUGCAAGUGUUGAAAAUUUUAUUUUCACUUUAAAGAGAAGACUUAAAGCUAGGAUUGAUUUAAUGAAAGAAUUGCAAGAUUUAGAAUGUGGUAAAGUUCUACCUGCAAAGGGCUUAUUGUGUCCAGUAAGAUUAUCCGGUUCUUUGACUCAAUGGCAAACUGUGUCUUGGAAUGAAUACAGUCAUGCUCUUUCAACAUCAUUUGUUAUAUCUGAAGGGUUGGUGACUCCUGAUAAUAUGCUCUACCGUGCAAUUAUCACAAGACAGUCUGCUAAACUUGUUGCAAUGGUAGCAGUAAGUAGUGAUUACCCAAAGCAAGCACCUAUAUUUUCGUUAACUUUACACUGGAAUGGAACACACCAUGCUGGCACAAGUGAUGACAUUAGAGAUAUAGAACGAGUAAUUAAUACCAAUUGGCAAAAUACAGAAAAAAGGCUGUGCACUCUUUCCACACAAAUGAUGAAACUGUUAACAUGUUUGGAUGUUCUUUUGGAGACUAUGGGUUCCUCAGAAUUUCCUCCUGAUAAAGUUAUGUUACAGUCUAUCCGAGGAAGGAAUAGAAUGAAGCCAUACAAGUAUUUAAAACAAGGUACUGGAAUUUUUGUACAGAAUUAAAAUCUUGCAUAUUUUAAUACCAUGUAUGAUGUGAAUAAAAUCGUUUAUUCUUUCUAUAAAUGAUUGCUUAUUGCUAAGAUUUAAAACAUCCCCAUAAUUUUAGUGUUAGAAAUAAUAUUUUAUUAAUAAAAACAAAACAUUAAUAUAUA